AUGGACCUCGGCCGCAGCGAGUCCUCGCUUUCCUGUAUCCGCCCGCCCUCGUCACUGCUCAUUGAGCGCCCCCUCGAGCCCGAUGAGCCCGCCAACGCCCAGGAGAAGGGGAAACGCAUUCACUUCUUCGAUGUCUUCUGCCCGAGCUCUCCAGCUGUUUCACCCACCUGGCCCGGAGCCAUCGUCCAGAAUGAGGAGAAGCGCUUCGAAUCAGCUGUAGUCUUCUCUCCAAGCCCCGAGGCUGGUCCAUCUACUUCACCCAAAAACGUCGUUCAGGACAAGGAGAAGCCCUUUGAACUGCCCGAUGUCUUCUCUCCGACUCCUGAAGGUGUUCCACUUAUCUUACCCAAAGCCAUCGUCCAGAAUGAGCAGACACACCUCACCCUGCCUGACGUCUUCUCCCCAACACCUAACACCGUUUCGCCAGCGAGGCCAACGACAGACCACCUGCCCAGCUCUUCUUCUCACCAACAUUCAUCGAUUGAGGUCAUCAGCACCCCCGCAGACCUGAGAAACUUCAAGAGCGGCGAGCUUGAGCGCCAAGGAGCCCCUGCUCGUGAGGUGCUCAAGGACCAGUUCGCGGGCCCUCGCCCAGUUGGUGAUCCUUCUGUGGUUGUGGCAGGAGAGUAUAGACUGAUGUUUCCGCCUCCAUCUCGCGACGCAUAUCCCAACAUCGAGAGGUUCCCGUUUACGUUUGUGGAAUCGUCCAAGCCUGUCGACCUAGACGAGCCCAUGGGAGGAUACGUCGAGCAGAGCGACAAGCUGGAAGACUUUCUCACCGCGCAGAGCAGGAAAUACACCAAGGACUAUGCCAAGUACGCCCGACAGCAUGCGAAACUCACUGCAACCUGGGACAAGAUCAACGACGCUCGAUAUGCCAAGGCUGAGAAGGAAUCGCGCAGACAAGACCACAACCCCGCCAAGGGAGAGCACAAGAUCAUUGAGCCUCUCGCUCGGAACCAGCAGCGCAAGAUUAUAGAGCUCGAGACGGACCUGGCACCCUUGAUGGAAAAGGUAGCGCUCAACCGUGCCGAGACUGAGGGCGCCAUCGCCGCGGCCUUCAUGUUCAACUGGGACUACGCCGAUCGAGCGCCGACGGAGCACCAGAUAUCUAUACUGCGCGAGUUGAAGGGAUUCGAGAAGUUCGUCUUUGAGAAAGAGAAACCUGAGGUCAAGACCGGUCUUGACUAUGUCGUCACUGAGGCUGACCUGCAUGGGCACGCCGGCAGCCGUAACCCUACUCUACCUUUGUUCGACGAUAUCCGGAAGGAGAGCAAGAAAGUGUACCAGGAAGCGUUUUGGAAGCAGCGAAAGGAGGACCUUCUACAUGCUCCCGUAACUUCUCUCCCACUCCCUCCACCUCCUGAGCCUGUUGAGUCCACUGUGGCGGCUCCCUGGGAGGCAUUUCUGUGUUCCAAACCCAAGACGACGGCCAACGACGAAGCCAAGUCAUCGAUUCCGAUUCCUGACUGGUUCGCCAUCUUUGUCAAAUCCAACAUCUUCAAGUUCGAGAGCCUCAAACUCCAAGACCAGUUCAACGAGCUCCUCCGCGCCAUCCGAAAGCUCGAGUUGAGAAUUAACAACCCCGACACUCCUGCUCGGCCCAAGUGGGAUCUCGAAUGGCACGACCCCAGCCUUGCGUGGUCGACUCCGGUCCGACAGAAGAGCGGCGGCUAG